GCUUUUUAAUCACUCAGACUUCCCGUUUCAGAGCUCCUGCUCUUGGGGACAACACAAGGCUCUGUGAUCGGCGUGGACAGAGCAGGCCAGGGCGGACUCCUGGACCGACACUGUUUAUUAACCUUAAUGCGGAAUGAUUAACUAAGAGAAUAGUUAAUUACUGUCUGAGAGAGAGGCUGAGAGAGAGAGAGAGAGAGAAGCGCUAGCUUAGCCUGGCUAACGGUUAGCCAAACAGCCGGCUGUGUCCUGAAUCUCUAAACUGUUUAAAAAGGGAAAAGCUGGAUUGAACUUCUUAUCCUGAACCAUGGGGAUGUGAUGGCACCAGAAUCCAUAAGGUGUAAAGUCUUGGCUGCUUGAUCACCGUGGAGACACCAUGGAGCCAGACGUGAUCCACAUGUACUCGUCCUCUCCUCCGCCCUUGGAGGACGGUGCCGACGAGGACGACGAGGAGUUCAGCGACUUCACCGGCGUUCCCAACAGCGUCAGUUUCACGGAAUUUGAGACACCCACGACGUUCGGUCAGCUACAGGCACUGAACGCAACAUCUCCCCCGGAGUUGAUCGGUAACGGCAGAGUCGUCGGACUUAAUAGACCGGCGAUGCCGAACGGCGGCCAGGGGGAUGCUCUAGCUUGCAGGACUGUUAGCGUGGAGGAGCUUAAAAAGGUUACAGAACAUCCACAUGGGACUUACACAAACUUUUCGGACUUUCCGGGGAAUUCCUGGACAGGUAGCGAUGCUGUGGACUGCAACGGAAGAGGCAGCGAAGUUCUCACGAAUGGCUUUGCAAAUUUUGGCACAGAGGGAACUCCUCCCUCACACCACAUACACCGGGAAAUGGCUCCCUCAGGGGGUCGCUGUCCCGACGCAGUCCUCAGUGACGAGGAGGAUUUUGCGGAUUUUGCUGCUUUUUCGAAUGCUGAUGUUCCCAGUCAACCUGUUGUGAACUGGGAAAGUUCAAACCAUAACGUGAGACUAGCACAAGACAACCAACCACGAAGAGAGGAAAAUCAUGAAGCUGGUAAAGCAGUGGACAAUGACAAGGACUAUUGUGUAACAGGGUUUGCCUCGUUUGCAGAGGCUUCAGAUCACCUUAGCAACGGAGUCGGGGGUUUCCAUGUGGGGACAAGUUAUGGACAAAGGGAUCAGGACACUGAGCCUGCACAUCAGGACUCUAAUACUACUACUGAGUCUGUUAGCACAGGGCGACGGACAUCGCAGAACAGUGUGGAGCAGGAUGGUUUGGAGGUUAAAGAAAGGAUGGAUAACAGGGUGUCCCCUGUCUCCAUGGAUGAGAGAGGUAGCAGCAGCGAGCCGACGGAAGAGAAGGGGUCCGGGAAUGACACUGAAACCGAGACCGAAACGGAGACCUCUUUCGGUCGACCUCUGUCCACAGAAGCGCUUGAGGAAUUUGGGGAUUUCAGUACGACAGGUUCGGUACCUUCCCCUCCACUACAGGAAGAGACGGCCACUCCUGCUGACCACAGCCAGCUGGCUGAAGAUGAUGACGAGGACUUUGGAGAUUUUGGUGACUUUGGGGAUGCCAGUUCCUUUGGAGGUGCUGGCUUCGCUGAUUUUGACCAGCAGGGGGCAGCACCACAGUCUGCACCUUCGGAAUCGAUCGCACCUUCACAGUCCGUCAGGCAAAACGAUCCGCGUGCUGAUGAGGAUGAGUUUGGUGACUUUGACGUGCAUGGACAACCUGGCAAGACGGCGCAAGAGGGUGAGGAGGGGGCGGAGACCGCUGAGUUUCCGGGUAGUGACAGUUUUGCUGACUUUGCUGCAGCACCCGUUGAUGGCAAUGCUGAUGAUAAUGGAGGGUGGCAGGCGUUCGGCGGAUCGAGUGAGGAAGGUGGGGUAUCGUGGGCAGCUUUCGGUCAGGACCAGGGCUCGACCUUUUCAGAGAAGAGCGAAGAUGACUGGCACGAAAGCCCACCUGUCACGGCACCCCCUACUGGCAGUGAUGAAGAAUGCAGGAAAAACAGCACUGUGGUGUCUCUUCUCAGCAGGUUGGAGAAGCUUUUCCUGGCCAGUUUUCUGGAGAUCUCCAUGCCUCAUCUCGAGGAGGACGUACCCCCUCUUAAAGCUUUCCUAGAGCCGUGUGAAAGAGGAGAAAAACAAAAGAAAGACCCAGUACCAGUCAGUGGAGGAGUGCAGGGUGUGUGGCUGCAGCUGCAGGACAUCCACAAUGCCUUUGGUCUGAGGUAUCAGUGGGGCGGAUCACACAGUAACAAGACUCUCCUCUGCUCGCUGGGCAUCGACACUCGGAACAUACUGUUCACAGGUCAGAAGAAGCAGCCCGUUAUUGUACCCAUGUAUGCAGCCAGUCUGGGAAUGCUGGAACCCACUAAAGAGCCAGUGAAGCCCGUCUCUGCUGCUGAGAUGAUCGCCUCCAUAGCGCAGUCUCCCUCUGUAGCCUCAGAGAUGAGCUCCUGCUCCACUGACGCAGCACAGGAAUCCCUCCCACCGGUGCAGUUUGACUGGAGCAGCAGUGGCCUUACAAACCCUCUGGAUGCAAGUGGAGGUUCGUCUCUGCUGAAUCUGGACUUUUUUGGCCCGGUGGACGAGUCGCCCUCCAGCUCCACUACCUCCAUACCAGGUGUAGACCCCGAGCUGUAUGAGCUGACCCAGGCUAAGCUGGACGUGAGUGGAGGCAGCAACAGAGUGGUGGAUGCUUUCGCUCGCCUCAUGUCCACUGUGGAGAAGACCAACACGUCCACCAGGCGGGUGCAGACGCAGAAGGAGGAGAACCUGAGUGAAGAGGCUCGGCGUGUCAUCUCCACUCUACCUGAUCUCUCCUUCAUGCAGGCCAAAGUGCUGAUGUUCCCCUCCACACUCACUCCUCUUCCUCCCUCCUCCUCUUCCUCCAUAUCCCCCUCUCCUGUCCCAGACUGAUCCCUCCAUCUCUGUCUCUCUAUCUCUCUCUCCCCACACUGUCUUUUGUCUUUGGUUCACUUUAGCUCAGCUUCUUGGAGUCAGUUUAAGUUGUAAGUGUGAGAGUGGAGCAGUGUUCAGGAUCUAGAGGUGAGGAAGAGUCUGUAUUAGGGAUGUGCUCAUCUUCAUUACUCACCAUCAGCUUCAUCAGUCAGCUACAGACAUAAUCAUGAGACAGCAGCACUGUAGUUCACCCAGUGAUGGCUAGCUUCUGGCCAUUGCUCAUAAUUCCAGUGUUACACAGACAUGUUCAUGCAGUUAGUUUGUGCUGCACAUCUUGUUUGACAUUAGUCUGUCUGGCCCCGCCCCCUCAGCUCUCUGGAGCAGUCUGUCUGGAAUAGUGCACUUGGCCCCACCCUCUUAUCUCUCAGGAGAUUUACACCUGGCCCCGCCCCCUGGGCUUUCUGGAGCAGUCUGUCUGGCCCCUCCCCCUCAACUCUCUGGAGCAGUCUGUCUGGCCCUGCCCUCUCAGCCCUCUGGAGCAGUCUGUCUGGCCCCUCCCCCUCAGCUCUCUGGAGCAGUCUGUCUGGCCCCUCCCCCUCAGCUCUCUGGAGCAGUCUGUCUGGCCCCUCCCCCUCAGCUCUCUGGAGCGGUCUGUCUGGCCCCUCCCCCUCAGCUCUCUGGAGCAGUCUGUCUGGCCCCUCCCCCUCAGCUCUCUGGAGCAGUCUGUCUGGCCCCUCCCCCUCAGCUCUCUGGAGUAGUCUGUCUGGCCCCUCCCCCUCAGCUCUCAGAUGUAGUUUACUUGACCCCACCUGGUAGUUCUACUUAAAUUUCAUCCUUCAAAAGCAUCAGAUAUUUGUUUAACAAGUCACAAGUUAAAUGAUAUCUCCCCAUCGUGUUUCAGUGUGUUUGACAGCACCCCGGUCUCCUCCUGGACGUACAGCAGCACUCGGUACGGGAUGAGUGCAUCCCUAAUAUCUCCAGCUGAGUGUUCUUCUGUGUAGAGGUUCAGCGUGUAUAUAAUCAGGGAUAAGACUUUCUUUUCCAUUCUAGGUUAUGUUUAUGGUUCAGUAUGAUUCCAGCUCUGUGUGUGUGUGUGUGUGUGUUAAAUCUGUUAAAUAUCGUUUUGCUGAGGAAACACUGGUUAAAAGUCCUUCAACGAAGGCAAAUAGUGACAUGAAAUCAGUGAGAUAUAUAUAUAUAUAUAUAUAUAUAUAUAAAUAUGUAAUAGACUUGAAACCAUACUGCCUGCAAAAUUCUGCUGGUUGAUUUAUUAUUAUUUUUUUUUAUAUAAAUUCAGUUUGAAAAGCCUUAGGUUUUAAUCAUUUUAGUUAAUAUAAUUAAUUAUGCGUAUAAUUAAGGUUUAGAACUAUGUUUUGUUUGGGGUGGGGGUUUAACAUGUUCACUGUAUCCAGCGCUCUUAUUCUAGCAGAGUGGUGAGGGUUCUGUUUUUAUUCUUGCUGUUGUUUUAAACUCUUAAAGGUGAAACCACUGUACCGUGACCCGUGUGAUGAAGGAAUCAUCUUGAUUGACUUGAAGUACUUUAGCCAAUAAGGGACCAAUAUUAUAUACCUUCGAAAAGUCUUCUCAUUUAGCGUCUUAAAGGCUCUCUCUCUCUCUCUCUGGCUGAGCAUCAUGGGAAAUGUCCACAAAAGCUGUCCCUCCUUUCUAUUUUGUUCCUAAUUUCUUUCGUUUUCGCCCCCCCCGCUGUUUGUCGUCCUGUCUGUCUGUCUGUCUCUCUGUGUGGAAUUUUGCACAUUGUAAAGCUGUAAUGGAAGUUACUACUAUACUACUUAAAUCACGUAGGUGACUGUGUACAGUAAGACUGUGGAAAAUGUACAAAACGGAUUGUUACGGGGAAAAUUCCUAUGGAAAAACAAUCUUACUGAUGGUGUGUGUGUGGGGGGGAAAAAAGAUAGAGCCCCGCCCCCUUUCCAGUUUGGAUCGAGCAUGCUCGGGCUCUUUUGGACAAAAAAAAAAAUCUUUAAGUGUGUAAAUUUUCUUUUAGUGUACACAAGGAAUUAAAAUAAUUUAAGAGAA